AGUCAAUCAUCGCGGCCUUGCGAGCAAAACUUCAAAUCUGUCACUUUUGCUGACAUUUCAAAGCGCAGCCACUCGUCGCACAGCAGACGAGAUACUAUUUCGAAUUCUCACGGGGACGCAAUAAUGUUUGCGUAGCCGCCAACUGCUUUAUCUAAAGUUGUUUACUUUUCAUGCCUUUCUCCACUACGGUUUAAACCUCUACCGAAGCUGGCUGGAUACGCAGCCCCGAUACCUCCCGCCAUCGACGUGAAAUAGUUGAUGAACCACGCGCAUUCACCGACACUAUGGCCAUUGCUAGGCCAGUCCGCGCCCUCGGGCUUGCCGCUAUCAUGAUGUGGUGUUUUUUCCUCUGGACGAUAUUCCGGCCAGGAGCAGGCAUCAAAGGACCGGGCGAUAGUCUCGCCAACCUCGAGAGGGAUCCGAAUCUCGACCCCACAGGAGAGCCGGAAGGACACCUUGUCCAUACCUCAGAUGCCUAUCUACCCGAUGCCAACCCGUCCGCUCGUAUAAACGCGACUCUGUUGGCCCUGGUUCGAAACGAAGAGUUGGAGGGCAUGUUGCAAUCGAUGCGCGACUUGGAAAGAACAUGGAACCACAAGUUCAACUACCCAUGGACUUUUUUUAACGAUGUGCCCUUCACGGAGGAAUUCAAGCGAAAGACACAGGCCGUGACGAAAGCCAAGUGCAACUAUGAACUCAUUCCGAAGGAACACUGGGAGGUACCGUCCUGGAUCAAUGACGAUCUGUACAAAGAAUCCGUCAAGAUCCUCGAGGAACAUGAUAUCCAAUACGCUGACAAGAUCUCGUACCAUCAAAUGUGUCGCUGGAACAGUGGGCUAUUCUACAAGCAUCCAGCUCUCCAAAACACCCAGUACUAUUGGCGGGUCGAACCCAAGGUCCAUUUUUUCUGCGACGUCGAUUAUGACGUGUUCCGAUACAUGCACGACAACAACAAGACGUACGGGUUCACCAUCAACCUGUACGAUGCACCCUAUUCGGUCCCGAGUCUGUGGCCCGAGACGAUCAAAUUCUUGGCCCAGCACUCGGAAUACCUCCACGACAACAACGCUAGGGACUGGGUCACAGACAAACUUCGACGUCCUAGCCACAAUGACCAGGCAAGUGGCUACUCAACUUGCCAUUUCUGGAGUAACUUUGAAAUCGGUGACAUGACGUUCUGGCGAAGCCAAGCGUACGAGGACUAUUUUAACCAUUUGGACCGAGCCGGAGGUUUCUUUUAUGAGCGAUGGGGCGAUGCGCCCGUACACAGUAUUGCACUCGGUCUCUUUGAGGACUCGAGUAGAAUCCACUGGUUCCGUGAUAUCGGAUACCAACAUAUCCCCUUCUUCAACUGCCCCAACUCGCCAAAAUGUCACGGAUGUACCACAGGCCGCUUCACUGAUGGCGAAGCUUGGCUCAACAUGGAAGACUGUCGGCCAAACUGGUUCAAAUACGUUGGGAUGGGCUAGACGACUUUGUGGUGGACUUUUUGGACCACCUGCAUGAGAUACCAUUACGGAAAGGAAGUGUAUUAAUGUCAGGGUAGUCCGUCAUGGAUAUAAACUAGCAUUGAAUGAUUGGGGCACAUGGUGUUAAUGGCGUUGGGAAGAUAUUGAUAUAGACGCAUAUUUUGCGCGACCUGAUGAAUACCACAAAUAUAAAUUUAUGUUUUAAGAUGCUC